AUGUGAUGCAUUGGGCUGCAGUCUGUCGGCUGAGCAGCGGGAGAAGAGAAGUCCGAUGCAUGCUAUCCAAAACAUGUAAACAGAGGUCUGCAAAAGGUUGUUUAAGUUUACCCGCGUUUUUUCAAUGACCCCAGCUGCUACAACAAAUGUGACAUUCAGUCAUGGCUGAGGAACCACCACCAGAAAUACAGCUACUACGAAGCCAGAAGGUCAAGCUGAUAGAAAUUCUAAGCGCCGAUGCCGACUUUGUCCUGCAGCAUGCAGACUCUUGCUGUCUGCUGUCUGUUCACGGCUACCAGCAGGUGAAAUCUCGCCGUGUUCCUUGUGAGAAGGUGACAGACCUGCUGGAUCACAUCAUCCAGAGAGGUCCUGAAGCAGCACGUGGGCUGCUGGAACUGCUGAAUGACCCAGCACUGCAGGAAACCUUCCCAAUGCUUCGCUUUUUAAAGGAUCUGCAAAUCAAUACACUGUCCUCAGAAAAAAAAGAAAUAUCAAGAAAGAGAGAGACAGCGCCUGACUUACAAGAGGUCAUUCCAUCCAAACAGAUCUGCACCAAAGGCACUUGCUUAGUUAAGGAGAAGCAGCUGAUGACCUUGGCUCGUACCAUUGGCAGAUCUUGGAAGGAGAUUGGCAGACUGGCUCUGGCCGUGCCCAGUGUGAAGCUGGAACAGAUUGAAGAGGACCAUCCACUCCAUGUGGAAAGAGUGUUUGCCAUGCUCCGAUACUGGAGCACCCGCCAGAGGGAAAAAGCCACUGCUGCUCACCUGCACAUGUUGCUUAGUCAGGGAGACUGGGCACUGCCACCUGAGAGCAUUGACUUCCUAUUGGAGGCUGACUGAGGCCUCCACUGUCUGCUACUGUUUGAGACUUAAACCUGUCAAGAAAAAAAACAACACUUGAAGACUUAAGUACUUUACAGACUUGUCCCACAGUGCCAUUUAGGACCACUGAGACCUUAAGAUUUUGCAUAAAAGUAUAUAGUGUAUUCUACUAUGUUGGUCUAUUCUUUACAUACCACAUGUAUUGUUUGUGUCUCCAUCCUGGAAGAGGGAUCCUUCCUCUGUUGUUCUUCCUGAGGUUUCUUCCAUUGUUUUCCCUGUUAUAUAUACACACACACAGCAUAUUUUACUUGAAAUCAUUAAGUUGUUUAAAUAGUAAUUUUAAACUUUUUAAGAUAUGUCCAAUCUCGAAAAAUCGUGACAGUUUUACUAGAGUUGUUGUCUGCUCCCUCCAUCUGUCUUUUGAUAUAAAUUGUCAUAAAACUCAAUCUGAACUGUCUUCCGUCAGUUUUAUCCCACAUUGACAUUCCAAUAAAAUCAUACAUG